AUGUUGAAUCGGAAAGAACUGCUCGUGGUGGAUGAUGUGGACUGGGAAACGAAAGGACUUCUCUCGGUGGAAUACACUGCCCAGCUGCUUGGCCGUGACGGCAGCGAGCGUGAGUUCGAGAAUCAUGUCAACGACCAUCCGGGCUGGCAGGACGACGAAGAAGAACUUGCACUUCCUGGUCUUAGGCAGGACCUGAUAGUACAGCGUCACCUCCACGUCAAUCAGCUUGUCGAACGCUUCCUACAACCUGUCUGGUAUGAUGAAGGCCACGAGUGGGCACUCAGCUCCUUGACGGAUCGGAAUAUCGCUCUAGGCUGGCCAGAGAAUCCUCAUCUUUUGGAACUUAACACUUUGCCAAGCAAGCCAAUCGGCAAGCAGAUCACCCGCGGUUAUCUACGGAACGAGAAGAGGCCACGCGUCGACGACGAAUGCGAAUAUGAAGACGAGGAAGACGAGUCUGAUCAGUUCACCAACUAUCUCGAGUGGGAAGACAUCAUCACCUAUGGUGAGCGAUGCGAUUCAGACACUCAAAUGCCCAAAAGCAUUGCGCAUUCUAUGAGACAACUGCCAUCAGUUACGUGUGCGCCCACGUCGAGUGUUGAGUCAGACGACAUUAUGGCACACGAAGCGAUCGACGGCACAGGAAAGAAGUGCAUUGACUGCAGCCACACCACGCAUGUCGCUUAUAGCACAAAGUUCUCUUACACUCUCUAUGUCAUUGGCCACAGAGAGGAGCCGCCUCAAACACUCUUUGCUUCCCUGAGCCGCAAGCUUCUGAGAAACGUUCCAUGGAUGCUACAUGUUUACGUUGUGCCCGACUUGGCAGCAGCGCUCGCACACAACGACGAUGAGAUGGCAAACCGACCUGCUUCUGGCCGGCUACCGACAAGCUAUGCUGGUCUGCCGGAGCAGCCUCAGUCACAUAUAUUCUGGUACAUCGAUGAGUACAUGGCUUGGGAAGCCGGUCCGAAGAUCGUCACGAGGGAUGCGAUGAUGACGAGUGCUGUUCUUGAAGUCAUGCACGUAGGUGGAUGGGAAGAUGCGGCCCAAAUGCUAUUCACCUAUCUUUUAAUCAUGGCUUCACUGAGUAUCGAUCAACCUCCUUCAAUAACUGCAUCUAUUUCUUUGACGAACACGCACCCAGAUCCUGGAAAAUGUCGUGCACCAGAAGAGACGCAUCUCACUCUGACGCUUGCUCUUGACGCUGCGGUGACAUGCAGCAUUACUGUCAAUACACGCGAUACGAUUUUGACCUCGAACGUCUAUCUUUGGGACGAAUUCUUGAUUGUCAUAGAUGCUGAAUCUAACGAAGAGGUGGUUCUGCCUCCAUCGCCAUCCCAUUAUUGGGACAAACCACGAACCUUGAGUGCAGAGCAGUUGCAAGAGCUGUCUUUCCCACUCUCUGCAACCUCGCGCGUUCGACACCAAAUGCUCACGCUUCGGCCUGGUGAGAAAACCGUUCGUACUGUCAGCUUUAAGAGCAGUUGCCUUCUUGAACGCUAUCAGGGCUCUCUAGAAGAGGGCAAACGUUACAAGAUUGUUCUGAAACCGGAUCAGACAGUCCAAAGAUGGAUUAUGGGUGAUCUGGAAGACGCAAAUGGGCCACUCGGCGUGAACGCAAUAUCGAUACUCGACGCAGGAGGACCUGCACAAUUCGUCUUCGAGGGGCCAAACCAAGAGGCGGCGUCCUUUGCACUGCCUCAUUGUCAUAUCGGUGUAUGA